UUGCUGUGAUUGCCUGCAGGGUGAGCUAUCAGACAGACCCAGUGGUGUCUGUUUGACCAAUUACCGGGCCGGUCUGUGCGUGUUUUCCUGGGCGGCAACUGAUCUGAUAUAAUAACUGGGUCACUAAAUUCCUCUGUCCAGCACAUACCAGCAGACAUUAUACCAGAGGACGGAUCACAAACAUGAGCUCCUCCGCGGCUUUGGUGAGCGCCGCUGUUGCGUCGCUCUUAGUACUGAGCUCAGCUUGCAAAGAUGCGCAAACUUGCGUUCAGAGUGAGUCCACCAUAUCCCAUCCCUUCCAAGGUCAAGUGCUGCUGGAACCAAUUAUGCAGAGAGAGGUAGAUUUGUCCGAGCUUAUCAAAUUUGGAGAGCCCUUUGCAUCAGAAGGAGAACUACCACCAAGUCGACCCAAUUUUGGCCCACGCUCUUUUUUUCCUGCGCUCAGCUAUCCUGUCCAGUUUCCCCUCGGCCAACCAACGGCUGACAACAUUGAGGCCAUAUGUGUUAACUCCGACCAUCGUCCCCGCUACCCAGACUCUUAUUUUCCUAACUCUGGUUUUGGCAAACAGAAGCGCCAGGCCACAGCUGUUAAUAAUGCAGAGUGGUGGUUCAGCACAUGCUGCAAAGGGAACCAGACAUGGGGGACUGAGAUGACGCUGUGUUGCGCCACACAGGCAUGGCAACAAUCAGUUAACCUGUUCUGUGAGGAGGACUCCUCUGUCAAAGAUCGGCUUUAUCAUUGCUGCAGGAGAACGGAUACCAGCAGAUUCCAGUGUUUUAAAGAAAACGCUCAAAAUCCAAACUACGAGCCAACGCUUGAGCUGCCUGUGGAGGAGGUUGGCUCUACUCAAAGCUUUAACUUCAACCAGGACACUUGCCCGAGGAAUCUGAUGAGUCCACAUCUUGCAAGAGCCAGUAGAGAAAAAACUGAACUCAACCCAGCUGCCUCCCCAAAAACCGACAUCAUCUUCCCUCCUGGGAGGCCUUCUGCAAUCAACAUUGAGUCACUGUGUAGCAACCAGAAGUUCAGACCUCUCUACUCAACCAAGUGCCUCCCACGCUCAGGCUACGAGAUCCUGGCUCAUCAGGUGAAGACCAUCAACCGUUUGGAGAAGAAAUACAAGCAGUGCUGCAAAAAGAAGAAGGGUGCACUCCAAUGUGCUGAGCAGAAGUGGCGCUUGGAACUCAAUAGGUACUGCUCAGGCAAGAUUGCUGGGCAGAUAGACCUUCAGUGUUGUCAGUCAAAUGAUCCAUUUGGCUGCUUCCAGACAGUUUCUCUGGAUCCGCUCUAUAAUAAAACAUCUGAGAAGGAGGCACCUGCUCUUAGCACAAUGUGUGAUACUAAAGUUUUCACCGACAACAGAUUUCCUGUUGGUUUUCAGCUGAAAAGCCUAUGCUGCCCCCUGUCGGAGCAAGACAGAAACCCUUGUUUUGCACAAAAGAUAGAACAAUUAUCCCAGAGCCUGUGUUCAUCAGACACCUUUUCCACUGCAGCUGUUUACCGCUGCUGCAAGAGGACUUCACCUGAGGAGAUCUCACGAUGUGUUGGUGAAAAUGUCAACAAACAAUUGAACAAGAGGGGUCAGAGGAAGAAUAAGAAAAUUUGCCCCAUUCCUUAA